AAUAAUAAAUAUAGUGGAAGUAUUUUUAACAGGUUUCUCUCCGCCUUCACCACCACAGCAGCCUUCCAUUCCAUUCUUCCUUCCAUCCAUCCAUUGUUCUUCUCUGCAACCUUGUUUGCUCUCAAAUCACUGUUUCUCUCUGCACGAUCGAGAAUUCCUUUCUUCUUGCAGGUUUCUCGUGAUUGAUAUUCUCUUCAGAAGUCAUUGGAACGAGUGGUGGAGAGUCGCAGUUUCGUUUGAAUGAAUUGGCUCCCUGUGAUUUGAUUUGUCCGCCGAUCGCCCAUAGGAUAGUGAUUUCUUUUCGCUUGUGGUUUGGAUUUUUAGCUUAGUUUGGCUCGAUUCUGUCGUGCGCCGUUUUGGAGUCCGUUGGUGAUAUGGCGUCUACUGUUCCGGCGAAAUCUCAGCCGCUGCACAAUUUUACGCUGCCGCAUCUGAAAUGGAAUAAGGAUGGGCACUCCAGCGGGCACAACCACCGCCGCCGAUCCGUAAAAUCGCCGUCGCGGAGAUCGAAUCCGUCCUCCUCCGCAUCUCCUGUCCGACAGUCGCCGUUGCGCGAUUCCGUUGCGGCUACGCCGCCUCGGUAUCACUCUCCUUUGCGUGACUCUGCGGCGUCGUCUCCUCCGCGUGAAUCUCCUGUUCACGGGAAUUACCUGGGGAAGCAAACGCUAACUGUUGGUGAAUCAUCCAAAUCGGACGGUGUUCGCGGAGGAGCGAAGCAUCACUUUCCUGUAUUCAAGGAUAACACUGCGCGACAUUUUUCCGGCCGUGAUUUCGCGUCGGAAUCGGAGGAUUCCGCGAGAAGUAGAGGCGCCCCCUUCAUCGAGCACCGGAGAAGCAAUCCGAAGAACUCGGCGUUGGACGCUACAAAAAUUGGAGUUUAUGCAACAAACUCCGAGCGAGCGGCCCAGAAAUUCGAAACAAAAUCGAAGACAAAAGGCGCCGCCGCGGAUGCAGUAAAGAGAUCGAAAAUCCUAAUUAAGAUCCCUUGCAAAACCACCAAAACAGAGGAGGAAAAUUCGCCGGAAGAACCACCUAAGGUCAGGGGCGGCAGCGGCGGCAACAACCACGAAGAUUGUGAAACUGACGAACUUCAGGAAGAGGCAAAGAUUAACAACACCGCCACCGAUGAAGAAAUCAAAACAUGGAAUUUGAGGCCUCGGAAGCCGAUACGUAAAUCGCUGAACAUGAGUACGAGUUCAAUGAAAAACAACGGAUCGUCGAUCUCCGAGAAGAACAAAAAUCAGUCACCGCUGAGGAAUCUGCACAAAAGAUCUGCUGAAAACGGCGGCGCCGCCGCCGCCGGCGAGAAGAAGGAGAAGCGGAAACUGAGCAUCUCCAUUGCCCUAUCAAAAGAAGAAAUCGAGGAGGAUAUCUUCGCCCUAACUGGAUUAAAGCCGGCGAGGAGGCCAAAGAAGAGACCAAAGAACAUACAGAGACAAGUCGAUUGCGUAUUUCCCGGUGCGUGGCUUCAAGGAAUUACUGCCGAUUCGUACAAGGUAUCCGAAAGUUCCCUGAAGGGUUAGGUUAUAGACACAACCAAUGUGUUUCAAGGGUUUUUUUUCAUGGUUUUCAUUGGCGAUGACAUCUGAAGGUACAAUCUGCAGUGACAUGGAGGAGAUGAGGUGUGGUGUUCUUAGAAUUUAGUUUUUGCCGGUUUGUCAGGUAUGUCUGAUUCUGAUUCCCCAAAUAAUCCAUGGAUGAAGUGAAGUGAUAGUGAUGGUUCUUUUAUUUAUCAGUAGAUGCAGCUGUAAAUAUGGGUUUCUUGAAUUUGAACAAUUUUCUGUCCUUAAUUAUUAUCAUUUUGGUUUUUGGAUCUUAACUCUUUUCAUUUUUA